AUGAAACUCCCACUGGUUGGCAUCACACUCGCUAGCUUAGCCACGGCUUCAUCCGACUGGCAGCAUAGCGACCAUGCAUGGCAUCCCGCGGGGCCUUUUGACAGUCGAUCGCCCUGUCCCGGGCUAAACGCCUUGGCUAACCACGGUUGGCUUCCUCGUUCGGGAAAGAACAUUGAUCUGGACACUUUUCGGUCCGCCAUCUCUGGAGCCUAUAACUACGAGCCUACUUCCAUGGACUUUAUCUUCAGUCUUGCCUUGAAAUUCAACCUUACGACUACCGGGAAUCAGUCGACAUUCAACCUUGUUGAUCUAGCUCGGCAUGACGAAAUCGAAUUCGACGGGUCGCUAUCUCGAAACGACAUUUAUUUUGGUGAUGACCUUCACUUUGACCCAACAGUCUGGGCUAGCACGGCCCGGAGACUGCAGCUUUAUGAUACGCGUGGAUCGGUCGAAGACCAAUACGUUACCCUGGAAGCCGCAGCUCGGGCUCGCGCAGCACGAGUGGCAGAUGCUAAAAGAGCCAACCCAAGCUUCAAUGCUUCCGCCAACCAGAUGGCGGGUAGCCCGGGGACUACGGCACUUUACUUAACCACACUAUGGGAUGAUAAAGUGGGAGCGGUCCCUAAGUCCUGGAUCAAGGCAUUCUUUGGUGCGUGUUCAUGA